AUGGAGAAGGAGCAGGUAUGGAGAGGCCAUGUUGUGGUGAUCCCAUAUCCAAGUCAAGGCCACAUAAACCCUCUCCUCCAAUUUGCCAAACGCUUAGCCUCGAAAGGGCUAAAGGCCACAAUAGCCACCACCCAUUAUACUGUCAAGUCUAUAAACACCCCAAUUGUAAGCGUGGAAGCCAUCUCCGAUGGAUACGACGAGGGUGGAGUGGCUGAUGCCCCAGACACCGAUACCUACCUCAAGGCAUUCAAGUCCUUUGGGUCCAAGACGCUGAGCCAACUCAUCCAGAAAUCUGAAACCACAGCUUCCCCAGUCACCUGUGUGAUAUACGAUGCUUUCCUACCAUGGGCGCUUGAUGUAGGCCUCCUUACUUUGCCUAUUAAGAUGGAAGAUCUGCCUCUCUCCAUACCUGGACUUUACAAGUUGAACUAUCCUGACUUACCUGCUUUUCUCAAAGAUCCAGAUUCCCACCCUGCUUACUUGGCUAUGUUACUGGGUCAGUUUCACAACCUUCACCAAGCUGAUUGGAUCUUGGGCAACACUUUUGAUGAUUUGGAGUUGCAAUUCCCGGCAGGAGAAGGGAUAAGUGACCUAUGGAAGGGAACAUUGAUUGGGCCGAUGAUCCCAUCAGCUUACUUGGAUGGGCAAAUAGAGGGUGAUAGAGGGUAUGGAGCCAGCCUUUGGAAGCCAUUAGAUGACAAGUGCAAGAAAUGGCUUGAGCUAAAACCAGCUGGUUCAGUGGCCUACGUAUCAUUCGGAAGCAUGGUGGCAUUGACUCCCAAACAAAUGGAAGAGAUCGCAUGGGGGCUGAAAGAGAGUGGUAUCCAUUUCCUAUGGGUUGUGAAGGAGUCUGAGCGUGGGAAAUUGCCUCAAGGUUUCAUUGAGGCAACUGAAGAGAAAGGACUGGUAGUGACUUGGUGCCAACAACUAGAGUUGCUGGAGAACAAAGCAAUAGGCUGCUUUGUAACACAUUGUGGAUGGAAUUCGACACUGGAGGCUUUGUGCCUCGGUGUGCCCAUGGUGGGAGUGCCUAAGUUUUCAGAUCAAUACACGAAUGUCAAAUUUAUUGAGGAGGUGUGGGGUGUAGGUGUGAGAGCUAAGGAGGAAGAAGAUGGGACUGUGGGAAGAGAACAACUUUGGUUUUGUUUAAGAGAAGUAAUGAAUGGGAAGAGAAGCCAGGAGAUGAGAAGGAAUGCUGUUAAGUGCAGGGAAUUGGCCAAGAAAGCAAUUUCUGAAGGCGGGAGCUCAGACAACAACAUUAAUGAAUUCGUUUCACAUGUUUGCAGUGGUGGUAAGGAGAAAGUCAAGGAGGAGAAGCACAUGAAUGGAUUUUAGGUUAAUUAGAUAUUUCUUGAAUAAACUGAUAAAGGUUGUUUUGUUGUCAUUUUCCUUCUCUUGAGUCAUGAUUUCACUGUU